AUGGCGUACACGUGCCCCGUGUGCCGGCGCGUGUACACGCACCCCGAGUCGCUGCGCCAGCACCUGCCCGUACACUCUGGUGACACCACCUGCCGACUGUGCGGCCGCACCUUCUGCCGGCCGGCGCUGCUCCGGUGCCCGGUCUGCGGCAAGACGUACACGCACCCAAAGUCGCUGAGCCAGCACCUGCCCGUGCACUCUGGCGAGACCACGUGCCAGCUGUGCGGCGUGAUCUACUGCCGCCGCUCGCUGUACCCGGCGCUGACCUGUCUCGUGUGCGGUCGAGGCUACACGAGCCUGUCGUCGCUGCGCAAGCACUGGCGCUCACACAGCGACGCCACCACUUGCCGGCUGUGCGGCGUCGGCCUCAGCCGCGUGGCCCACCUGCACCGCCACCUGCGCAACGUGCACCACCUGACGCGCGAGCAGGCCCUCUUCUUGCGCCACACGAGCGCCGCCGGCUGGGCCUCCUGA